UCGGAACGGCUCGGACGGUUGCAUACGCCACCUAUGCUGUGAUCCUGGAAGCAUCCCCUGACCACGUGCGAGCCCAGACGAACAGCCACCAUGCACCUGCUCUCAUCACACCCCCCGCACCUGUGAUUUCAACAUGUUCGACAUGGCAUACAGUUCAAGUCCAGAACACUGCACCGAGGCAACGAGCUCUGUGAGCAGUCCCCUCUCCCCUGACCGGGAAAAGAAGCCAACCAUCUCAUUAGAUAAUGAUACUUUAGUUAUAUCGAGCGACGAUGAAACUAAAGCCUCAACGGAACCAACAUGGGGACACGAUUCAGGAAUCGAUUCCAGUGGGGACGAUAAGCCACCUGCAUCGAAAUCCAGUCGAUUUUACAGAAGAAAGAUGUUUAAUCCAUUUUCCGACAAAGUUGAUGAAUGCCUUCUGAAGGACGAGCCGACAGCAGAAGACCUAGCCGAUGCCCCCAUCAAGAGGCCUCGCACCAGCUAUGAACCUAGUCAACGAGAGACGAGAAAAGAGCACAACGAAGACAAGCCGUUACAGGACAGGACAUGGCCACAAGUUCCUGCGGAAACGCGUCGCAGCACACCAACCCAACUAGAGAAGGACGAGACACACAAAACGCAAUGUUGUGCAUUUUGUACACAUCAAAGCCGUUGGCCUGCUAAAUUGCGUCAGCACAUAGAACGUUUUCAUUCCGCGCAGUUAAAAGAGUUCGGAAAGCAGAAAAUUGUAACUAUUAUGUUUUGGAAAUCAAAGAGCAACGUUAGACGAAUUUCUCAUCAUAAAGUGACCCAAAUAGUAAAUGAUUGCCUUAAAAUGCGGAAAUCUAUAAGUGCAAACGAGCUUUACGAUGCGAUUAAGAUUGCCUACGAACACGUGCUCGUUAAAAUAGCCGACGACGAACAGAUAACAGGGAAUCUCACUUCCGGUGUCCCCAGCUCCUCUGCCAGCAUGUAGCAUCCCGCCUCGCGAGUUUACGUAAUCACGGAACGAAACUUCACGGAGUCACCGAGUCGCUGAUGCCACAUUUCGUACAGGAAUCUAUCAAACUGUCGA